ACCUGCUGGAAAUACUUUGAUGUAUCAACGAUGAACUCGAUGUUGACAUUAUUUUUCUCUGGAAUAGUUGCGUGUUGUGCUCGUUCUACAGGUGAUCCAGUAUCCAGGUUACUCCUUGUGUCCUUUGAUGGCUUCAGGGCUGAUUACUUGGAAACCUAUAAACUUCCUCAUCUUCAGGAGUUCAUUGAGGAUGGCGUGCUUGUAAAACAAGUUACAAAUUCUUUUAUCACCAAGACUUUCCCAAACCAUUAUACCAUAGUGACGGGUUUAUAUGAAGAAAGCCAUGGCAUUGUGGCCAAUGACAUGUAUGAUGCAGAUGCCAAGAAGAAGUUUUCACAGUUCAAUGAUUCAGAUCCCUUCUGGUGGAAUGAGGCAGUUCCGAUUUGGGUAACAAAUCAACAGCAGGGAAAUGGAGCAAGCGCAGCUGCAAUGUGGCCCGGUACCGACGUAAAAAUUAAUGAUACAACCCCUCAGUUGUUCAUGAAGUAUAACUUUUCAGUAACGUUUGAGGAGAGAGUGGAGAAAAUCAUUGCCUGGCUGAACAGCUCUAAUCCAGUAGUCAGUUUUGCUAUCCUAUACUGGGAAGAACCGGAUGCAAGUGGACACAAGUAUGGGCCAGAUGACACGGAGAAUAUGCGCAAGGUAUUAGAAGAAGUGGAUAAUCAUAUUGGUUUCCUUACCAAUAAAUUGAAGGAAUUUGGUUUGUGGGAUACUAUUAAUAUCAUAAUAACAAGUGAUCAUGGAAUGGCCUCCUGUUCAGCAAAGAAGCUGAUUAUCCUGGAUGAGUGUAUCGGGCGCAACAACUACACUCUGAUAGACAAGAGUCCAGUUGCUGCAGUGCUGCCAAGGCAGAACAAGAGAGAUGUAUAUAACUUACUGAAAAAAUGCAACAGUCACAUGAAAGUGUAUCUCAAAGAAGAAAUUCCAGACAGGUUUCACUAUCGUCAUAAUAAGAGAAUUCAACCCAUCAUCCUGGUUGCAGACGAAGGCUGGACCAUUGUACAGAACGAGUCGCUGUCAAAAUUAGGUGACCAUGGCUACGACAAUGCUCUCCCAAGCAUGCAUCCGUUCCUGGCUGCUCGUGGGCCUGCUUUUCGUCGAGGUUACAAGCAGAGCACAAUAAACAACGUUGAUAUCUACCCUAUGAUGUGCCACAUCCUGGGCCUGACACCGCUGCCCCACAACGGCACUUUCAGUAACACCAAGUGCCUGCUCACUGACCAAUGGUGCAUAAACCUUCCAGAAGCUAUCGGGAUAGUCAUUGGGGCUUUGAUGGUACUGACUACUUUCACCUGCAUUAUAAUAAUCUCCAAGAAUAGAGUAGCUCCCCCACGGCCGUUUUCCCGGCUUCAGUUACAGUAUGAUGAUGACGACCCUUUAAUUGGAUAG